AUGGAGGCUCUUGCGCUUUUUGGCAUUGCCUGCAACGUUCUGCAGGUCCUCGGCUCUGUGGAGCAAGCCAUCAGGCUCGGAAGAACAAUCUACAAGAAGCGCAGCGUUGAUCCAGAGCUCGCUCGCAAUAUCGCCGCCUUGAACACGUAUCUUGUCUUUAUUGCCAAAGAAUGCCUCGGCUGUGGCGCCAAGACAAAGGAGCAACUGCAGAAAAUUUCCGACCUUGCUCCAGUCGGCAGCCGUCUCGGUGUACUUCGAGCUUGGGCAGCGGCGGUCACAUGGGGCAAGAGAGAGUUGGACGAGCCGGAACGUACUAUGCGCGCUCGCCAGCAUGUUCUGGAGACCCAACUACUGGUUCGCAUCUGCAAAAAGUCUGAUGCUAUGACUAUCAGAAGUCGAGAUUAUUUUGAGAGUCUCAACUCUACCUUGCAAUCAUUUAUCUUGGCUUGUAUGCAGGGCCAAAUGACGUUGGAGAAAAUCAUGGAAAGCCAAUCCGAAUCGAUUAAGGAUUACGUCUUAGUUGAGGCAAACAAAACUCGCGAGUCCACCAAGAAUAGCAUCUGCGAAGAGUCUCAUCGGAUUGAAAGCAAUAUUUCAAUGACUCUACAAACGAUGCGGGCGGCCGAAUCAAGCAAAAAGGACCUUGAAAGGCUAUCAGAGAGUCUGCGGUACCCCAGCAUGGAUUCUCGCCGUAAACAGAUCGAAGACCCGCAAGAGGAAACGUUUAAAUGGAUAUUUAAAUCUCCCAGUCACAAUCAGUACCGGAUAUUCAAUGGUACACGAAAGACAUACUACGCUGUUCAAGUCUACACCUUGACGGGCAACUUGAUUGGCUUGUCACAAACAUAUGCGUAA